AGCAACACAAGCAAGCCAGUGGCCACGCCACCUCUCUUCUUUCUCUCUCUGUAUCUCUUCCUUGCUCGCUCGCGCUGUAUCUUCUCCCAAAUAAAACUUAGGUUUUUCUAGUAUUUAGUAAAAUGACAAAUCGUUAAUUAAUUAAUUAAUUAAAACCUAAAUAACAUCAAAAAAAUAAAAUUCUUUUUUUUUGGGCUCUGCCUUUGGUCUCUUCUUCUUUUAUUUCUUUUGCUGCUCCUUGGACCUCUCUCUCUAUCUAUCGUCUCUUUCUCUCUCUAGAAUCUCAGAGCUUGCCCAUAACCCAUUUCACAAAGCUCAGUGAGUGGAGUUGGAAGGAUUGUGGGGAAGGAGUUUUGGAGUGGGAAAUGGCUGGGAUUUCAAGUGAGGAAGCUGGAGUUGCAAGGUCUACAGAGGGGAUUUCUAGUGGUCAACGCUGCCAAUCAGGUGAAGCAUUGGCAGAAUGGCGGUCAUCUGAGCAGGUGGAAAAUGGAACCCCAUCAACUUCACCCCCUUACUGGGACACUGAUGAUGACGAUGAUGGAGGGCCAAAACCUUCUGAGUUGUAUGGAAAAUACACAUGGAAGAUAGAGAAGUUUUCACAGAUUAACAAAAGAGAACUUCGUAGUAAUGCAUUUGAGGUCGGCGGCUACAAAUGGUACAUAUUAAUAUAUCCCCAAGGCUGUGAUGUUUGCAAUCAUCUCUCUUUGUUUCUUUGUGUUGCCAACCAUGACAAACUUCUUCCAGGUUGGAGUCAUUUUGCCCAGUUUACAAUAGCUGUGGUGAAUAAAGACCCAAAAAAAUCAAAAUAUUCAGAUACAUUACAUCGUUUCUGGAAGAAAGAGCAUGACUGGGGAUGGAAAAAAUUCAUGGAACUAUCAAAAGUGUCAGAUGGGUUUUUAGAUGCUUCUGACACACUAAUUAUAAAGGCACAAGUGCAAGUCAUCAGGGAGAAAGCAGAUCGGCCAUUUCGUUGCCUCGAUUGUCAGUAUAGGAGAGAACUUGUUAGGGUGUAUUUGACAAAUGUGGAGCAGAUUUGUCGGCGUUUUGUGGAAGAGAGGAGAGGCAAGCUUGGGAGGUUAAUAGAAGACAAAAAUAGAUGGUCAAGCUUUUGUGCUUUCUGGUUGGGAAUGGAUCCAAAUGCUCGCCGCCGAAUGUCUAGGGAGAGAACUGAUGUAAUUCUGAAAGUAGUUGUAAAGCAUUUCUUUAUAGAGAAGGAGGUCACAUCUACUUUGGUAAUGGAUUCCUUGUAUAGUGGAUUGAAGGCUCUUGAAGGCCAAACCAAGAGCAAGAAGGGAAGGGUGAAAUUGUUGGACACUGAAGAAAUGCCAGCUCCAAUUGUUCGUGUGGAGAAAGAUAUGUUUGUAUUGGUGGAUGAUGUUCUGCUACUGCUUGAGAGGGCUGCCAUGGAACCAUUACCUCCAAAAGAUGAAAAGGGGCCACAGAAUCGUACAAAGGAUGGAAAUUCUGGUGAGGACUUUAACAAGGAUUCCAUUGAGCGUGAUGAAAGAAGGCUCACAGAAUUGGGUCGUAGAACAGUGGAAAUAUUUGUUCUUGCUCAUAUUUUCAACCACAAAAUUGAAGUUGCUUACCAAGAAGCAGUUGCUUUGAAGAGGCAAGAAGAGCUAAUCCGUGAAGAAGAGGCAGCAUGGCUAGCUGAAAGUGAGCAGAAGGCUAAACGUGGAGGAACUGAGAAGGAAAAGAAAUCAAAGAAGAAGCAGGCAAAGCAAAAACGGAAUAAUCGGAAAGGGAGGGAUAAAGGGAGGGAUGAAAGAUCCAGUGCAGCAGUAUUAGACAAGCAUCAAGAGGAGAAUCCAAGUAAUGAGAAAAAAGGUCCAAUUAUUGUAGAGGUGCAGCCUGUGAUCAAUAAGCCUGAUAUUUUGGAAGAUUUAUCUGAUGUGUCUGAUUCCGUGGAUGGAGCUGCUGAAGUACUGCAGCUUGAUUCAGAAGACAGAGAUGCAAGUCCUGUUAAUUGGGAUACUGAUACCUCAGAAGUUCAUCCUCCUGCAGAAGCCAGCGGCAGUGGAGUUAGUGGAUUAUCAUCUAUACCAAAUGGAUCGGCUGAGAAAAGGAGCACAUGUGCAAUGGAUGACAGUUCAUCAACAUGCUCUACAGAUUCAGUACCAUCAGUUGUAAAUAAUGGCUUUGUCAGGGGGAACUCUCAUUCAAGCUACCGAGGUGUAAAAUCCCCUAGCAGAGUCAAGCACCCACGAGAUAAGGUGACUAGUGAAGGGAGUUGGACAUCUGAGAUGGAUAAUCACCUUUCUGCACCUCCAGUAGAUGCUGGGGAUGUCAAUGAGGUCACUGGAAGUAGCAAGGCUGUUGAAUGUGAGCUUGAAGCUGUUGUUCAUGUCUCACAAGGUAGUAUCAUGUUGACUGAGCCACAUGUUGUUAAGAAGGUUGUGGAAGAAGUUAUGCCACAAAAGAAGUUGAGCACUAAAGAUUUGGUUGACAUGGAAAGAUCCUCCAAAGAAAGGGCAACGAUUAUCCCAGCAUCGUCUAGAAGUCCUCCUAGAAGUCCUCCAAAAAAUCUCCAAUCCACUAUUCUAUUGAAGUUGGAAAACAAGAGUUCGGCUGCUUUAGAUCCUUCUGUUCAGAGUAAGAAAGCAUCUCCAAAUUGUGGACACCAGACAGAUAAAGCAGCCCCUUCAAUGAUUUCCCUUCAAAAUAUAGGCAUGUCCAAACCUGAGAUUCAGACUGCCUCUACUUCAAAGCCAAUGCUACAGCAAGUGCCUGCAAUGUCAAGGCCUUCUAGUGCUCCUCUAAUUCCCGGUCCCCGGCCUGCUGCUCCUGUAGUUUCCGUGAUUCAAACAUCCCCGUUACUUGCUCGUUCCAUCAGUGCAACUGGUUGGCUGGGUCCUGACUCUUCACCAACUAAUCACAGUUAUGCCCCUUUAUCCUAUCGAAAUGCCAUUAUAGGCAAUCCUAUUGGCAGUUCAGAUGGAAAUUUUACUCAUGCCACCUCUGCUAGUUUGGGAGUUGGCCUGCCAUCAGCGCACACGCAGCCGCCUGCUUUGGUAUCUGCAUCGAUGUUUUUGCCUCAGAGUGCUGAUAGAGUAGACCUGAACUCUGUUCAAUCUGGCUUUCCUUUUGGGAUGGUAACUCGGGAUGUCUCACAGAAUGGACCCCAGCGGAUGGAGAGUUCUCAAGGUGUGGUAACAGAUGAGUUCCCGCAUAUUGAUAUCAUCAAUGACCUGCUUGAUGAUGAACAUAGCAUUGGGAAGGUAGCUGAGGCAAACAGUGUCUUCCAGUCCAUUAACAAUGCGCCACACUUCUUAAAUCGGCAAUGCUCUUUUCCUGGUGAAGUGGGCAGCAUAUCAGGUGAAUUGGUUUCCUCAACCAGCAGCUCUUGCAGAUUUGAGCGUGCUAGGAGUUAUCGUGAUAGUGGAUUUCAGAGGAGUUAUAGCUCUUUGGGUACCCAUUUUGACACACCGAGGGAAUAUAUUCCCCAGGCUGGUCCAUUACCAUAUGCAAAUGGGCAUGCUGAUGGAUUGAUUCCGAGCCAUUGGCAGGUGGCAGGAUCUGAUCUUUCUCUAGUAGGCUUGAGGAGCACAGAGGGUGAUGGUUCUCCAUAUUUCAGUCCAGAUUUUUCAAAUUUGGCUUGUGGUAACAAUGGCUACACAGUAUUUAGGCCGUCAAAUGGACACUGAAGGAGCUUCCAAACGAAGAUACCGUGCAAACGUGUGGGUGUUGUCCAUUGUAAUAAUGCAUUUUGGGAGAUUGUUGGGUCUUAGAAUUGGAGUGAGGUUGUAAUCUUUUCAUAAGCUUAACAUUUUGUAGAGUGUUGCUGCCUUUCAUUGCCUACAGCAUUUUAGUUUGUUA